CCUCUCUCUCUCACUCGCUCAGUUACAGUCUGAGGAGCUGCUGGCUGGACUUCACGCGCUGCGCUGCGGGAUGCGGGGGCUUGGCGCGCGGAGCGGCGCGCGCUGGAUUUAGAGGAGCGCGCGAUACAGAAGAGAAAAAAUGCUGGCCAGGAUUGUUUUCCUUUGUUCCUUUUUCGUUGGUGCAAGGUUUCAGGAUGUUGAGGGCAUUAAGGCAUCGUACAAAGGAGCUUGUGAAGCCUUGUGCUCCUGUGAGGAGAAAGAUGGAGUUCUGUACGUGAACUGCGAGGAGAGGAACAUUAACAAGAUCUCAGAAGUCAAAGUACCGUCAGACAGACCUUUCCACCUGAAUCUCUACAAAAACAACUUAGUGGAGCUCCUUCCAGAGGACAUGGAACCUUUCAAGAAUGCUGUCACUUUGCAUCUUGGUGCCAACAGCAUACAAGAGCUGGAGCCCGGGGUGUUCAGUACACUGGGUUCCCUGAAGAAGUUGCACAUCAACAGUAAUUUCCUGGUCAUGUUGAAGGAGGACACUUUUCAUGGCUUGGUGAAUUUGGAGUACCUUCAGGCUGACACAAACUUCAUCCGAGUCGUGGAGCCUGGGGCCUUCAGCAAACUUGUCCGUCUCAAGGUCCUGAUCCUCAACGACAACUCCAUCGAGUUCCUCCCGAGCAACAUCUUCCGCUUUGUGCCUCUGACCCACUUGGACCUGCGUGGGAACAAGCUUCAGACCUUGCCCUAUGUGGGAUUUCUGGAGCACAUCGGCCGCAUCAUCGAGCUCCUGCUGGAGGACAACGAUUGGGUCUGCGACUGCCAGAUCCUGCACUUGAAGAUCUGGAUCGAGAACAUGCGAGCGCAGUCGUCCAUCGGGGAGGUGGUCUGUAGCAGUCCCCAUCAUCUCAGGGGAAGCACACUGGCCAAGGUGAAAAGGGAUGUUCUUUGUCCCUCUCAUGCUGACAUAAACCUUGAGGAACCUUCAAAGUCUCUGGAUAUGGUUGUGACCCCUUCUACAAAGGUGAUACAAAUACCAGAUGCCAGAGAUGACGCAAAGAUCCCGACACCUGCCCAUGUCCCGAAGACAUCCUGCGUCGCCCACUGCUCUUGUCACAAUCAUCCCAGUGCUGGAUUCCUAAUCCACUGUGAGGACCGAGGCAUUCAGAGGAUAUCUGAUCUGGGAAUUCUUCAACAAAGUCCUAGCAAGCUUGUGUUAAGUGGGAACAUGAUACAGAGACUUCUGAAAUAUGAUUUUGUCACGUAUGACAGUUUGGAAUUGCUGAACUUGGCAAACAACCAAAUAGACUACAUUGACAAUGAAACUUUCUUGAGUUUGAGCAACCUGAAAAAGCUUUACCUAAAUGGAAAUAGGAUCGAGAAAAUCUCUGCGACCAUGUUUCUGGGGCUCCACAAUCUGGAGUACUUGUAUUUAGAAUAUAACAUUAUAAAGGAGAUAGAGGCGGGAUCAUUCAACCCUUUGACAAACCUUAAGCUCCUGUUCUUGAACAACAACCUGCUCAAUGCUCUGCCAGCACAAAUAUUCAGAAAUGUGCCCUUGACUAAGCUGAACCUGAGGAAGAACCUGUUCAUGCAUCUGCCAGUCAGUAAUGUAUUGGAUCAGCUUGAUUUCCUGGAGCAGAUCUACCUUGAGGACAAUCCAUGGGACUGCACUUGUGACCUGGUCAGCCUCAAGCAGUGGGUGGAAAAGCUAAGGAAAGAUACGCUGGUGGGAACUAUCUUGUGCCACAGUCCAAAGAAGGUGGCCAAUGCUGAGAUCAGGAGCCUAAAACAUGACCUUCUCUGCCCUGGUCUGGUCACUCAUAACUCUUUGAGUAAUUCAGGUGAAUUUGGAGUUUUAACAACAGCAGCCCCUGACGGGGGCACUAGCGGCUUCUUCCGAUCCUUAACAGAGGCUGUUCCCCUCUCUGUUCUCAUCCUCUGCCUUCUCAUCCUCUUACUGACUGUCAUCUUCUGUUCUGCUGGGAUCGUGGUCUUCGUCCUUCACCGUCGCCGCCGGCAGUCAAAGAAAAAGCAGGCUGAGGAACAGCCUCGUGAAAGCAGUCCCAUCCACCUGCAUUACAGCAUGUAUGGACAGAAGACAACCCACCACGUGGCCGAGAGGCAUGCUACGGCCAUGUACGACGAACCUUCCAGAAGUCCCAUCGUACAGGUGUGCAGAAACCCCAGCUACUGCUCCCAGCACAAGGAGUAUGACACUGAGGAUUACGAGGCAGAGAAACCAAACCACAUUUGCCACAGCAUUGCAGACAAGGAGAACGGCUCCCCCUUAACAGGAUCCACAUUGAAGUACAGGGCUGUAAGCGAGUACCCCGCUGAGUUUGUGGCUUUGGGGGAUGCAAGCUCCUUGUACAAAAACAUCCUGGAGCGGGAACGUGAGCUCCAGCAGCUCAGCAUCACGGAAUACCUCAGGAAAAACAUCUCGCAGCUACAGCCGGCCGUGGACGUGCAAGUCCCCGGGCAUCACAAAGAGCUGAAACUGAUGGAGACAUUCGUGUACACCAGACCGAGGAAGGUCAUGGUGGAGCAGACUAAGAACGAGUACUUUGAGCUCAAAGCCAACCUACACACUGAACCGGACUACCUGGAGGUACUAGAGCAUCAGACAGCUUUCAACUAAGAUGCGUAUACUGUCACAUGUGGUUUGAAAGGUGAUAUUCAAAAAAGUGCCUUGACGAGUUUCUUUCAAACUGUCAUUUUGAAUUGUUAUCAAGCAGACAAGGGUGCCGAUUGUUUGGGUCCGACCUGAUUGGUCUAACUCGUGAAACAGAAGUAGUCUUGCUCCUAGAAGUGCACGUCAGUGAGCCCUAGUGUAAUUCAGCCGAGGGACAGGACAAAGGAUGGAGUUACACCACAUCAGGUCUGGCAGACAUUCGUCUUUUCCAUCCACUUUUGCCAAUGCUGUCGAUUCUUGACGGCUUGCCAUAAACAUCAUGUGCCAUGUAACGAAUGCAGCCGCAUGUUUCUACGUCGUAGUACAUUGGCCUGAAACAUGGGUCUAGCACUUUUCUUAAUACGCACCUCUGCUUUUAUCCAUAUGUGUGUGAAGUUCUAUUUAUUUUUGUAGCUAUAAUCUGUCCGUAACAUUAUUCCUCUGUCCGAUAAGAGAAGCACUUACAUCUCAUAACAAUCUAGUCCCAGCAUUUGCUGCAAGGUCAUAGUUUAAAGAGAAGAAUUGCACUACUCGACACGCCAUGCGAGAGAUGGCACCUGACAAUCAAAGUACUGUGAGGAAGUUCACGUGGAGAUACCUGAUGGGUGUGGCUACUGGUCUGUACAAGAUUGUAAGAUGUGGUGUUUUUAAAUUGCAUUGAAUUAUGAACUGAUAUUAUUGACUAUUUUCUCUCAGCAUGAUACUUAUGCAGGGUGUUUUAUCACAUCUUUCUUUGGUUGGAAAGCUCAGCCUUGAAACGUUUCACUGUAUGUAAGAGCACCAUAGCUUUAUUUUGUACCGAUGUAGAUCAGAUUUAUUUAUUCUGUACAUAUUUGUACAUAAUUUAACAUUUAUAUAUGUCUGUGUGCCUUUUAAUGUGGUAAUGAUGUAAAUAAAGUUUAUAUUGAGUGUGUUACAGUAUACUGGCCACCCCAAAACCAUAUAUUGUACAGUAAAA